GUGGCCACGGGCAGCGUAGCAUCUGUGAAAGUCCCUGAGCUUGUGAAGAAACUCAGCGAGUUUGCAGACGUCGCAGUGAUCCUCACUGCACCGGCAGAGGUCAUGACCAGCAAGCGAGUGGCAGGUAGAUAUUCGCCAGAGUGCUACGAGGCCUUUCAAGCUCUACAAGUCAAAGGGGUCCAUGUGCUGCGAGAUGAGGACGAAUGGGACCGCUAUGAGGAUGUGUCUUCAGAUUCAGUGGUGGUCCAUAUUGAGUUGCGGAGGUGGGCCGACAUUGCAGUGGUCGCGCCUUGCUCCGCAAACACGCUGGCAAAGUUGGCCCUAGGGCUUUGUGACAACUUGGCCACCUCCUUCCUACGAGCGUGGGAUCCUGACAAGCCUCUUCUGGUUGCUCCUGCCAUGAACACCCUCAUGUGGGAGCAUCCCAGCACUGCAGAACACCUGACAACGCUGCAGGCGAGGGGUUGCAGCAUCAUCCCGCCAGUUAGCAAGAAGUUGGCCUGUGGCGAUGUGGGCCGAGGCGCCCUGGCUGCGGUCUCCGACAUUAUCGAGGCCGUGGUGAAGGCCUCUGUGGGAGCAGCCGAGCGAAGGGCUAGCUCGGGCAUCGGAUCAUGGCGAGCCCAUGGAUUCGAGGAGUGGCGGCCAGCCAAAGCAGCCUGA